AGAUUUGCAGACGACGAAAGCGAUAAAGAGGACAUCUGCAGUCAGUCUAAGAGCCUUAUCAAAAACACCUUUGGUCUCGGAAAAAAAUGACUUCGAAUGCUCUUAAAACUGCCCAGAAAGAAUGGGAGGAACUACUUGGCGAGUUUGCGGAAGUUGAAAAAGUGCAUGAAAACUAUUGUAAGGAAAUCGAGAAGGUUAAAGAGCUCCAAAGCAAAUGCAUGUCCGGGAUUGCUCAUCAAAGAUAUCGCAUGAAACAGAUCCUUCAAGAUCUCAAAGGGGAAUCUCUAAGUAAGGAGGAUGAAGAACAAUUGAAAGAAUUAAAAACCAGCAUGGAUGAGCAGAAGGCUUGCUGUAGGGAAUUAGAAGAAAAUCUUCCACAUACAAAUGGAAUAUAUUUGUCCAUAAUUUUGGGUUCUGUAAACGUAUCUUUGCUUAGUAAACAUGACAAGGUAGCAGAUGCCGCAUUCCAGUUUUUAACUGUUUGGUAUUAUUGUACUUUAACAAUACGCGAGAGUAUAUUGAAAGUCAAUGGAUCUAGGAUAAAAGGAUGGUGGAUGACACAUCAUUUUAUAUCGACGGUUUGCGCCGGUAUAGUAUUGAUAUGGCCCGAUGGUUAUACUUAUACACAAUUUAGAGGACAAUACUUAUUCUUUUGUAUUUACUUAUGUAUGGUUUCUGUUGGUCAAUUCUACUAUCAGAGAGGAAUGCUCUAUCGUUUGAGGUCUUUAGGUGAAAGGCAUAAUAUGGAUAUAACAGUCGAGGGAUUUCAAUCCUGGAUGUGGCGAGGAUUAACAUUUAUCUUACCGUUCUUGUGCGGCGGUUAUCUCCUACAACUGUACAGUAGUUAUUAUCUAUUCUUUCUAUCAAGAAAUGAAAAGUGCAUUGAGUGGCAGGUUUUAGCUUCUGCCUUUAUAUUUUUACUUCUCUUUCUUGGAAAUUCUUGGACAACGUUCCUAGUCUUGCGACAGAAAAUUGGGCCAGGUAUAUGGAGACAGAAUAUGGACUUUAUCGUCAGAAACAAGCUUCGAUUACAAAAUUCACUUCAGAAGACAAUGAAGGCUCAUGAUAAUUAG